GCAACUUCCUCAAUCCUCAUCAAAACAAUAAAACGUUAGUGUGGUUUAUCAGUUGAACACAGACAGCAUCAGAGCAGCACUUCUCAUUCAGAGCACUGAUUAAACAUGAUGCAGUUUACCUUUGCCACUUUUUUCCUCUUCGCUUCUUCCCUGUCUUCAGGAUGGGCAAGAAACGCAGACCUUCGGUCCACAGCACCACGAACAUCCAGCCAUCCCAUGGUGAACAACAUGUGCACUGACUGCAACAAGAUCAUCCAGUUUUUGGCAGAAAUGCUCUCCAGUCAAGACAAUCAGCAUCUUAUUGAAAAUGCUUUGGACAAGUUUUGUUCUGAACACCCGGUCGUCCCUCUGUGUAUGGAUGGAGCAAAGACAUAUGUGCAUUUGGUCAUCAAACAUUUCAGUGCAUUUGCAAAUCAAAAAGGUGACAUAUGCUCAAUGUUGGGACUGUGUGGCAUCCGGUCUGAGAGAAAAGCCCCAUCAGAGCUCAUGGUUGGCCUGAAUGAGCAUGGCUUGCUCUAUGCAAAACCCUCAAGAGGAACUAGUCAAGAGGUUCACAUCAAUCCCAUCUGCACCUUCUGUCUGUUCCUCAUAAAGACAGUAGAGGGCUUGCUACCAAAAGAGAGAACUGAAGAGAUGAUAGAGAACCUUCUGGAGAAAAUCUGUCAUCUUUUACCUGAACAUUAUAAGGACACAUGCGACACCUUCAUAGAAACAUAUGGAAAGAAGCUGAUUGAGCUCCUGUUGUCCUCUCUCCCUCCACAUGCCAUCUGCACGGCCCUGGGUCUGUGUCUCUUCCCAGAAACACCAGUGUCAUUGCAAACAGACUGUGAUUCCUGUAAAGUACUGGCGGUUCUCUCCCAGUUUCAUCUGGGUCACAACGCAACUGGGAUCCAGAUCUCUGACCUGCUCCAGAAGAUAUGUCACCUCCACCCUAAUGCUAUUCCUCAGUGUGAAGGGUUUGUGAAGCUUCAUGGCCACAGGCUCCUUAAGAGUGAUGGGAAACAACUGUCCAUCAGCGCAUGUCAGGAAGAUUACCUUUGCAGGAGACACAAGUGAAAGUGAUCAAUCCAAUAAGAUUCCAGAUCAGAAAAGCAACAACUUUUGUGUUUUCUAGUAUACUUGAUCAAGCUUUUUGUAUCCACAUCCUUGUCACACACAAAAUCAAGGGAAAUUGGAGAAGUACAGAAGUUUGAGUGCAGGCAAUGACUGUUAUAUCUGCUUUAAAUUAACUUUAUUUACCAGUUUUAAUGUAACCCUUAAUUACUACCUAUUAGUUAUGUGCUGUAUCUGUAGUUUCAUAAUUAAACCACACUGGGUAAACAUGUAAUAAUAAAACUAGUGAUCUUAGCCUAUAGGAAAUCUUUACAUAGCGUGCAUUGUGUGUAACAUUAUAUGAAGCCGUUACAUCCUCAUUUUUGUGUUAAGAUGGAAAAAAUAAAAUUCAAAUUUGUAUUUUAAGGCAUUGUAAGCUGUAAGUUAAUUAAGAAAAGCACUUUAUGAACUUUUAACAGUGACAAUUGUUUUUGUCAACACAGAUUAAAGCCUUUUACAUUUAUCUUCA